AGGGGAGGCGGCCGGGCGGCUGUCGCAACCCGGGGCAUCGCUGGUGUUGCGGCAGGCUGAGCCCGACCGGGAGAGCCAUGGCCCAGCCGCAGCCGGCCGAGCCAGAGGCCGCGGCCCCCGGGCCGGACCUGCCGGCUGGGAGCGGCCCCGUGCAGAUCCGAGUGGCUGUCCAGGCGGCCGCCGAGGAGGACGAGGAGGACGAGGAUGAGGAGGAGGGCGGCGGAGCGCCGUGCCCCAGCUGCAGCGAGGAGGACUCGGGGCGGUGCGGGCGCUCCAGUGGUGGGGAAAAUGAUGACGACUCUGACCAGAACUGGAAACCACCAGAAAAGGACCUGAUCCAGAAGUUAAUAGCACAGAUUGAAUAUUACUUCUCAGAUGAGAACCUUGAGAAAGAUGCCUUCCUUCUGAAGCACGUGAGAAGAAAUAAGAUGGGCUAUGUCAGUGUUAAACUCCUCACUUCUUUUAAGAAGGUGAAACACCUUACCCGUGACUGGAGAACCACAGCCUAUGCACUGAAGUACUCAAACACUCUGGAGCUCAAUGAUGAUAACAAAAAGGUUCGAAGAAAUACUCCAGUUCCAGUGUUUCCAAGUGAAAAUGUCCCUACCAGGAUGCUACUGGUAUAUGACAUCCACAUGAUUUCUGAGCUGCAGACCCUUAACAAAGAAGAAAAUGGAUGCACGCAAGAAAGGAUAAUGGAGCAUCUCCUCAAAGCCUUUGUAACUUUUGGUGUAAUUUCAUCAGUUCGUAUUCUCAAGCCUGGCAGGGAUCUCCCACCUGAUAUCAGGAGGGUCAGCAAUCGGUACACCCAGCUGGGAACCCAGGAAUGUGCAAUUAUAGAAUUUGAAGAAGUAGAAGCUGCUGUACGCGCUCAUGAUUCCAUGUGUGCUGAAAACAAAGAGACCGGCAUGAAAGUUGUCUUAAUAGGCAUGAAACCACCAAAGAAAAAAGUUCCCAAAGACAAGAACCGUGAUGAAGAUACCAGCAAGAGCCUUAAGAAGACUCGAUCCCUUAACAAAAGAGUUGAGGAACUUCAGUUUGUUGGUGAUGAAUCUUCAGCAAACAGCUCUUCUGACCCAGAGAGCAAUCCUACAUCACCGCUGUCAGGACGUAAAUGUACUGCAACAAAUACUAAGAGUAAUUUGAGCCCCAUCAUCCACCCAAACAACCAUUUGAGUCCUAAUAUGUCACCCAGAUCAAGUCCUUGGAACAGUCCAUCUUCACUAAGAAAAGUAACCAAAAAAUCACCAUUGGCUGAAGACAGCAAGCUUAACUCAAGCACUAGCCCUGAAAUUCCAAGGAAAUACACAGAUUAUUCCUCAGACAGCAGCAUCACGCCUUCUGGGAGCCCCUGGGUACAGAGAAGAAAAGCCCAAACUCUGACACAAGAGAAGAGUCCUGUCAGCAGUCCCAUGUUGGUUCGGAAAAUACAAAAUGCAGACGGUCUCCCUGUAGGGGUACUGCGGCUGCCUAAAGGUCCUGAUGGCACCAAAGGAUUCCACAAAGGUUGUGAAAGAAGGAAGGCUAUGAAGGGUGAAUAGACUGUUCUUUAAAAUCAGUUUCACAAAUCAGCCAACUGCUGGUGACCAAGCCUGGUGAAAAACUGUCGCUUGAGUGACUCAGUUAAGUCAGUAUUUAAUUUUAAAAGCUUUUGUAUUUAUAUAGAGACUUUAUCAUUUGUAUAUUUGCAUAUUUUCUCCACAGAACAGAUGAGGCUGGAAGGCAUCUCUGGAGAUUGCCCAGUCCACCUCCUUUGCUGAAGCCACAAGUCACUGAUAGGUUUGAGUAUCUGCAAGGACAGACUUCCCAGCCUGUCUGGGUGAUGUGUUCCCAUGUUCAACCACCCACACAGUACCAGUGUGUGCCCCUUUUCCUGUUACUGGGUAUCACUGAGAAGUGCCUGGCUCCAUCUUCUUAACUUCUUCUCAUCAGAUAUUUAAAAACCUUGAUGAGAUCCUCCCCAGAGCCGUCUCCACUCCAAUCUAACCAGCGCCCACUCCCUAGGCCUCACAGGAGGGACGUGCCAGCCUUUUAAUCAGCUGAACCACUUAGCUAAUGCAGGGCCCUUACCUGCAUCCAUUCUUUUUAAUGUAUUAUUUUGAAACACCUAAAUAUUCAAGCAGGCAUAUAAAUCAUUGAUGUAAGUACAUUAUUUGCCAAGCUAGGACUCUGAGGAGCAGUGUGUACCUACAGUUUAGUGGUUGUAUUAUGAAAAGCUAUGGAAUGUUCCCAGUCUCAUCAUAAGGAACUGAGAUUUUGAAGACUUCUCUGUUUGCCUCAGAAGGAACUGAGAAACCAAUGCCACAGUGAGCAGUUGCUCUCACAUACAUCACCAAAGCAGUAUUGCUUGAGAGGACCAGUAUGUAUUUUCACGUGACAUGAGUAAAGACUCUGAGGACUGGAGACCACUCUGUAAGUGUUCCCCCAUAUAAUCACAUGGAAAUAAAAAUAAUAACUCUAGAUCUAUUUUGUUUACUUCAAAAAUAAGUUGAGCUGCACAUGAAUAGAUAACUUAACUUUCAUACCACAUGAAAUUCUAGCAGCGGUUACUCAAAAUUUCCAUUGCAUUCAGGGAAAAAAUGUCCACUGCCCCAUUAAUGAUGGUUAAUUCUGUGGUGAUGCUUCACUCUGUGUGUCAGAGUCAUUUUUAUACAAUAUUAAAAACUAAACAGUGGUUAUGUCACUGCUAACUCAGAAUUUAACAAGCAGGCUCAACAAGAAGUGCUUAAAUUAAAAUUAACUAUAAUGCUAUGUGAAGUCAAAAAAGGAAACUGCAGUUUUACUUACAAAAGUUAAAUUCUGGAAAACUAGCCCAGGGACAGUAUGAGGGUUUCAUGUUGCAAUGGUCAGCUUGGGAACUGUGCAUGACAAAGGUCUCAUCAGAUGGUGAUUCUUCAUUCCGAAAGUCCACAUCCUGUCCAACUUCCUAAGUGUAACAUUUCUGCUGUGUAGAUAACUGCAGUAACACAUAGUCAGACUCCUACAUACAGAAAUCCCAAUUCUGUGUGCUGUUCUUCAGCCACCCACAUACAUUCCUGGUUCUUUUAUUGCACACAAAUGGAAUCCUCCAGGCGACCUCCCGACUCCCAUUACACAAACUGCAGCACGUGCACAUUCACAGACUUUGCGAGCUCUCACUACCAGAACACACAGGCAGGUGUUUGGAGAGGGCACAGUGAACCCUGUGGCUGCCCAGGGCAGGGAGAGCCAGGGGCUGCCAGAGCAGCAGGGGAGAGGCUGGCAGGCAGCAUGGCUGCUCCAGGGACUCACCCCACAGAAUCCUGCUUCUCCUCUGUAGAGUUCAAACACACACAUGCACACCUCCAAGUGGUGGUUUCAAAAACAUGGAGCUUGUGGCUAUUUUUAUUGCUUAUUUAACACAACAAACAGCAAUUCUAAAAAGCAUUUUAAGAAUGAGACCACUUUGCCAAGCAGCUCAGUUACUGAAGGCAUAAAAGAUUCUUACCUGCCUACACACCACCAGUACCCAGGGCAGCAGCAGAAAGCCCCACAUGCUAGUCAAUCCACAGCACCUUCAGUCAUACAUGUACAGCAAUAAAACCACAUACAAUACCUAAUUCCUUGGGACAAAUAUUUCGUUCUCCCCAAGUUUGUUUCUGUCUUCACAUUCAAUCAACUGUUCAAAACCUGAAAACAAUGCGUACCUAAAAACACACACCACACAUUCAAACUGCUUGGCGGAAUGCUGCCAACAGAGAUAUUUUAAACACCAAUAACUCUGCCUUCAUUUUGUUCCAGAUCGCAAAUGUUUAUAUUAUGAUGAUGUAUUUCAACUAAGUAUUUUUUUAAAUGUCAUAUCAGCUCAAGAGAAACAAGGUGACAACACAUUUGGCAUUUUAGUCACUGGUUGAGAGCCCUUCCCAACUACAAAAGAACAUUUACUUCUGUCCCCACUAAAACGGGAUGCAUUCCAGUUGUCUUCAUUUUGCACAGGCAGUUUAUGGCUGGGUUUUAAACCCUGAGGUCUGAAUAAAGCUGGGGACUUCAGUAAAAAAAGCUUAUUAACUCAACUAAUACACCCAAGCUAUUUAGGACAACAGUUUGAUUAAUCAAACAGAGCUGGCUUCAGCUUACACCAUUGUUCCCUUAGCUUUGAUUUUACCGCACUUGAAGCAAAAAUAUAGUUGAUUGAUUCACAGGAAAGAUCCCACAUCUGUGAUCGAGUCAGAUUAAAUGUUUUUGCAACCAGCUCAUAUUCUUGUGAUAGAUCAGUUGCAAAGACGCCUUUAUCAUCAGUCUGGAGUUAAAUUGAAAGGAAAGAAAUAAAACAAUUUAAAUUAGUUCCUCUAUAUCAAAAAGGUUUUUUUCUAUACAUACAGACCAGUUUUAUCUUGCUGUCUCACAUUUUAUUCCACUGUUCUUUCAUCUGUGCAUAGUUAUUUCAUUCCUUAUUUGUCCUAUUUUCACUAAAAAUGAAUAAAUUAUUCAAAAAUACAAGAAAAUGUCUUAAAAUGAUGGCACGAUUUAUUAAGAAAAUAGGAUUUCCUACUAAAAUUUCUAGAAAGAUGGCUAUCAAAUGCUGCAUAUAUUCAAGGUAUGUCAGUAUGUGCAGAUCUCCUUAUUCCUCUUUUCCCUUUCCCCAGAUAAGCACAAUGCUUAAAAAAAAUUAUAUAUAUGUGUGUGUGUGUAUACACACACACUCACUUGGACAAUAAUAUGGAUUAUGGAGGUUAAACUAACAGGAUAACAGUAAAACCCUGCCAAUGGCAGCACAAGCACUUGGCACCUUCAAUGCUUAAAGACCUUAAUGAGCUAUCAAGAGAAUGCAGUAGCUCUCACCCAACACAAUGAACACCCAGGUAAGCACUGGUGCACAUGCAAGCACUGGACCUAUGUGUUUUAAGAGAAACCUGCCAGUGUGCAAACAGCUAUGUAGUUCAUUGCUUAUAUAGCUGAUCAUCUUAUCCUUCAGAAGAAAGGCCUUGCUUUACAAUAGAACCAAGAGAAAUACUAGCAGUUCUCAUUUGAAUUACAAGCAUUUCUCAAGCAGAACAUUAUGAUUUCCUAAAAGCAAAGGAUUUGCUACAAGGUCAGAAAUUUUAAGUCAGCUCUGAUCCAUAAACAGAGAAAGACUUCUACAACUUCACAAGUUUGGCCCUUUGCCUAAAUACAUGCUUAAUAAUCAAAACACUUACACAAAGCACUGCAGGAUGGCCCAUGCUGUACCAGUAUCCAAAAUGGUGCUUGUCACAGGAAGGCACUGUCUGAGAUUUUAUGUUUGAUGUCAUGCAAAAUUCUAAGGGAAAAACACAAAAAGAAAUGAGGACAUACAUCAGAACAAGAGACAUGUUAAUUAACUUAGAAAGGUUCUGAAUAAAGAUUAAAAUCAA